AGCUCCACCCGCAGAGGGGGAUCAAGCAGUAGUCGCAGCCAAGUUCCGGACAUACACCCCUCCGGUCUUCACUGGAGAGGAGGGCCCGUUGGCCGUAAGAGACUGGAUCCGUAAGAUGGAUUGUAUUUUUCGGAUGAUGGGCAUAUCCGACCAGCACAUGGUCGCUUGUGCAGAGUACCGCUCGGUUGAGGAGUACGAGCAGGAGUUCGCUCGUAAGAGUGCCUUUGCACGCCAUCUUGUGGACACCGACGACAAGAAGGCCUCCCGUUUCCGCAAUGGCCUGACCAGAGACCUUCGAGUGCUCGUAGCCAGCCAUGGCUAUUUGACUUAUGCUGAGACCGUCGAGCGGGCUCAGCAGAUUGAGGCAUCCCAGCUGCUAGACACUCCUGCACAGCCACUAGCUCAGGUGGCAUUACUAGCCAGACAGCCAGCUGCCAUCCAGCCAGCCCUGCCAGCUCCACCUCAGCUGGCGCAACACCGACACAAGAGGAAGUGGAGAGGUCGCGAUGAUAGGAGGAACCGUCGGCCAGGAGCCCCAGCUCAGGCCGCACCACCAGUUCCGCAGCCUCUAGCUAUUUGCGCUACUUGUCAGCGCGCCCACCGGGGAGA